UUUAAAUUACAUCGCUUUCAGAGAGUAAGCUUGGAAGGAAUUUUCAAGUCUUCUUGUACGAUACUAUCGAGAGAAAAUGGCGGACUCUUCGAUAAAUCGAUAUAGCAUACACUUACAGCUGUAGUAAGGAACUGUCAUCGGUUAAAUGGACGGGAAAAUGAGUUCUAACAAUUCCUCGAUUCAUCGUCGCGUCAACUUAAAAAUUGCACCUGGUGCAGUAGUGUGUGAAGAGAGCAUUUUAAAAGGGGAUAUUUCCAUUGGUGCAAAAACUAUAAUCCAUCCUAGAGCAUGUAUCCUAGCAGAGGCUGGUCCAAUUAUCAUAGGAGAAGGCAAUAUAGUUGAAGAAAUGGCAACCAUAGCCAACAGGUUGCCACCCGAUACUCCAGAACCUGCGACGGUGCCUGUGCAAAUAAUUGGGAACUAUAAUGUUUUCGAGACUGACUGUGUUUGUGAAUCGUAUAAAGUUGGCGAUAAUAACAUCUUAGAAGCGAAAGCACAAGUUAGUCGAGAAAUUGAAUUAACCAACGGAUGUGUUAUUGGAGCUGCAUGCACAUUGUCAGAGCAAGAAACAGUACCAGAAAAUACAAUAGUAUAUGGGAGUCAAUGUCAACGUAGAGAAAUGAACGACAAGCCAUAUCCUCAAAUUGGACAGUUGGAUUUUUUGCUGAAAAUACUCCCAAACUACCAUCACUUUCGCAAAUCGAAUGUAAAGUCAAAAUCUGGCGGGCCUGUGUGAAUAAUGUAUAUUCAUAUUCUUUAUAGCAAUAAAAAUAAGAUAUGUUUCAUUUUUAUAUUAAUAGUAUCAUUUAUAUUUAUUGAAGAAGCUUUAUGUUUGCAUUUUAAUAACCAGAUAUGUAUAUUUAUUUAUAUAACAUAUAAUAAAAUCUUUUUAUAUUGUUAGGAUGAGUCAAAUGAAAACGAGCUGUAUAAUGUAACGUAUACAGUCUGUCUCGUUUUCAUUUGACUCAUCCUGGUAUAAACAAGAAAUAUAAAUUCUAGACAAAACUAUUUACUAUUGUAACAAAUGUAUAUUAUUUAAUUAAUUUAAGAAGCUGUUAAUUUAUUUUUAAAGUUAAAAUGAAAAUAUGCUGAACAACAAUAUGUCAACAUUGUAGAAGAUUGCAACGAAUUUACAUUAUUUUGCUUACAAUACUUUGAUACUACACAUCAUUAAAUAAAGCUUAUUUUUACAUUUUUA